AUGUCGUCCGACGAAGUCAUUUGGCAGGUCAUCAACCAUUCCUUCUGCUCAUUCAAAAUCAGACCUGGCAAGGGCCAGGAUUUCUGCAGAAACGAAUAUAACGUCAGCGGUUUAUGUGACAGAAACUCGUGUCCGUUGGCUAACGCUAGAUAUGCCACUGUGAAAAACGUGGAGGGAAAGCUUUACCUUUACAUGAAGACUGCCGAAAGAGCACACAUGCCAUCGAAGCUUUGGGAGAGAGUGCGUUUGCUGAAAAAUUACAACAAGGCCAUGGAGCAGGUAGACGAGCACUUGCAAUACUGGCAGAAGUUUCUAAUCCACAAGUGCAAGCAAAGAUUGACGCGGUUGACCCAGGUGGCCAUCACUGAGAAGAGACUAGCCUUGAGAGAAGAGGAACGUCACUACGUCGGAGUGAAGCCCAAGGUAAAAAGAAGAGAGGAGAACAGAGAGAGAAAGGCAUUAGCUGCCGCCAAGAUCGAGAAGGCCAUCGAAAAGGAGUUGUUGGACAGAUUGAAGAGUGGAGCAUACGGUGACAAGCCAUUGAAUGUGGAUGAGAAGAUCUGGCAAAAGGUUUUGGGUAAGGUUGACGAGGUGGAGGAGGAGGAAGAAUUCGAUGAGGAUGACGAUGUUGUCUUAGAGAGUGGAGAUGAGGACGAGAGCGAUGUGGGAGAGAUAGAGUACGUGGAGGACGACGGAGAUGACGAGUUGCUUGACAUGGAGGAUUUGCAGAAAUGGCUCGGUGACUCGAGUGAUAGCGAAGAGGAUGACGAAGAGGAUGACGAAGAAGACGAUGACGACAAUAAGAAAGCACCUGCUAAGACUGCCAAGAGAAAGAGACCACACGUGGAAAUCGAAUAUGAGGACAACAUCCAGACAAACAUUGCUACGUGA